ACAUUUUGAAGAGCUCUAUCUCCUCAAAACUAACAACAUGGGAAGAAGACCGGCGAGGUGUUACCGGCAAAUAAAGAACAAACCAUACCCGAAGUCGCGGUUCUGCCGGGGAGUUCCGGAUCCGAAGAUUCGGAUAUACGACGUGGGAAUGAAGAAGAAAGGGGUGGAUGAGUUUCCGUUCUGCGUGCACCUUGUGUCGUGGGAGAAGGAGAACGUGUCGAGUGAGGCGCUUGAGGCGGCGCGUAUCGCGUGUAAUAAGUACAUGGCGAAGUUCGCCGGAAAGGACUCGUUUCACCUCCGCGUGAGGGUGCACCCCUUUCACGUGCUGCGCAUCAACAAGAUGCUAUCGUGCGCCGGGGCGGAUAGGCUCCAGACGGGGAUGAGAGGCGCGUUUGGGAAACCUCAAGGGACGUGUGCGAGGGUGAAUAUCGGUCAAGUGCUUCUGUCGGUUCGGUGUAAGGAUAGUAACGCGCAUCAUGCUCAGGAGGCUCUUCGACGCGCCAAAUUCAAGUUCCCCGGUCGCCAAAAGAUCAUUGUUAGCAGAAAGUGGGGAUUUACUAAGUUGAGCAGAAGCGAGUAUCUGAAGUUGAAGUCUGAGAACAGAAUUGUGGCGGAUGGGGUCAAUGCCAAGGUGCUUGGGUGUCAUGGUCCUUUGGCAAAUCGUGAACCCGGAAGAGCGUUUUUACCGGCUAGUGCUUAGGCCAUUUAGCACUAAGCAGUAGGAAAAUAUGUUUCUUCAUCUCCUGUUAUUACAGUCUGAACUGUAACUAUAAAGCUGUAUCAGUAUAUGAAUUUUGUAUCUAACAGUCGUGAAAUAUGCAAAUUUGUUGUAUUUUAUUUUCAUUAUUCCGUUAGAGUUGAAACAGUAUUAUAAAUAAAUAUGUUAUUUUAUUGUGUACAUUGUUUUCUAUUUUAGUUUUUUUGGUCGUCUGUUAACCUGGGCGUUUCGAAAUGUAAAACCAAAUGUAUUAUUUCGGAAAAAACAAGAUGCCCACAUACUAAACCAGGUCCCCGCACCUUAUGUCUUUUGGGGGCUAAAAAAUUUCGACCAAUAAAAAAUAUAGCGGAAAAUAAUCUCCGUUCAAGAUUUUUUUUUUAAUUUCAAUUUGUACAACUUUUAACUACACGACAGUUUAAUUGAAGAAUAUAAUUACUGGUGAAGAGUAGUCUGCAGUUCAAUGUGUUGAUCAAACUAAAAUGGCAUCUGCCAGUUCAGGUGGACAAAAAGCAACAAAAUGUCUUGAAUGAAUUUUGUUACAUUUAAAUCACAAUUGAAACAAUCAACUUUGUUAGUUCCGAAGGGUAGGUGCAGCGGUCAGUAUACUUACAGGGACCUAGUUUACACACAUUCCGUUCUUAUCAUCAAAAGAUAUAUUGUAUAAGAGAGAAAAAUCAUUCUUCUUGAUUAGAAUUAUAAACAGGGCUCUACCAAAGAAAGAAAGAAUUGUAAUAGAGAAAUUUUUUUAUGUGGCAAUUAAUUCUCUAU